AUGCGUUCCUCACAGAUUGCGGCUUUGUCAAGCCUUGUCCUUGGGACAUUGUCUCAUCCUUUCCAUGACUCUCAUGCUCUCGAGUCAGACCCCGAGGCCCUCCAACGACGACAAUUGAGCUCCAGACUGGAUGACUUCCGACCACAGCAACGCUCUCGAUACGUGGCUGAGGAUGGUGAGAUCUCUGUCCAGAGAACUUCCGCUCCGGCAAGCACAGAUCCAAUCGAGGCUGCAACAAAUCACUUGAGGAGCAUUCACCCCGAUGCCGAGUUCCGAACGGCGAACGACAACCACGUCUCGAGCAACGGCAUUGCGCACGUCUACUUCAAGCAGACAUUGAACGGCCUUGACAUCGAUGACGCCGACUUCAACGUCAAUGUCCGUCCAGACGGCACUAUCUUCUCCUACGGAAGCUCUUUCUACACUGGCCCACUUCCAGAGGCAGCGCCAGCUCCAGAGGAGGUUGCCGAGCCUCAGCCAGUGUUGGAGACAGUGGUCGAUGUCCUUGCUCUGCCAAUUCAGCCUGCCGAAGCUGACAUUCUGGUCGAAGAAACUGCACGAUCUUUCACAGUCCAAGGACUGAACAACGUGGAAUCUCCACCAGAAGGACAGCUGGUCUACUACGGCAAUGCCGAAGGCAACUUGAUCUCGGCAUGGCGACUGGAGACUGAUGUCAGCGAGAACUGGCUCACCACCUAUGUCGAUGCGACGAACGAGAACAACAUCCUGGCAGUCACAGAUUACGUUGCAGAGUCAACCUACGAAGUCUUCAAAUGGCCACUGAAUGACCCAAGGGGCAACCGUCGCACCACAGAAAUACUACCGUUCGACAUCCGCGCAAGUAGCCUGGGCUGGCACCGCGACUCCGACACCCGCUACACCGUGACCCGUGGUAACAACGCCAUCGCCCAGCCAAAUACAGACGGAGAUGCAGAGUUCCUCGACGAGCCUCGUCCAUCUGGUGGUCUCCUGAACGUCUACACUCCACGAUUCGACCCAGCUUUGGAGCCAGCACAGUACAUCGACGCCUCCACCGUCCAGCUCUUCUACACCUCCAACUACUACCGCGAUAUGCUCUACAUCCUUGGCUUCACUGAAGCCGCCGGCAACUUCCAGACCUCCAACUUCGGCAAGGGCGGUGUCGGCGGCGAUAGCGUGAUCCUCAACACCCAAGACGGCUCCGGCCUAAACAACGCCAACUUCGCCACGCCCCCAGAUGGCCAACAAGGCCGCAUGCGUAUGUACGUCUUCAACCAAUCGGUCCCCAACCGCGACAGCUCCUUCGAAGCCGGCAUCGUCAUCCACGAGUUCACGCACGGCCUCACAAACCGUCUCACAGGCGGUCCAGCCAACUCCCGCUGUCUUCAAGUGCUCGAGUCAGGCGGCAUGGGAGAAGGAUGGUCCGACUUUUACGCCACCGCAAUCCGCUCCACACCCCGCGACAACCGCAACACAAACUACCCAAUCGGCGACUACGCCUUCAACAACCCCGCCGGAAUCCGCGCUUUCGUCUACAGCACCAACAUGCAAACAAACCCAUACACUUACUCUUCCCUCAACACCCUGACCCGAGUCCACCAGUUUGGAACGGUGUGGUGUACGAUGUUGUAUGAGAUGAUGUGGAACUUGAUUGAUGAUCAUGGUAACACUGCUUUGCUGAGGCCGGUCCUGGGGUUCAAUGGAAGGCCUGAUGAUGGCAAGUACUUGAGUAUGAAGCUGGUGCUGGAUGCAUUGACGCUGCAGCCUUGUAACCCGACAUUCGUGCAAGCGAGGAAUGCGAUUUUGGAUGCGGAUCGGGCACUCACUAAGGGGGGAAAUCAGUGUUCUAUCUGGAAGGCUUUUGCGAAGAGAGGUCUGGGAGAGAAUGCAAGUCAGGUGGGGACUGUUUAUACUGAUGAUUUCACGAUUCCGGCGGGAGUGUGCUAG